AUGUCGUACAUGCUGCCCCCGAUCGCAGGUCCUACAACGGAUGCCCAUGUCAUCGCCGUGGUCGUACGUCCAAUGGCUUUUCCAAUACGCUCUGUCGGUACAUUAUCGACAAUCAUCGCUAGCCCGACCACCAAUGUAGCGGCAGAAGAUAGCCCUUGCAGGCCCAAGGUAAUGAUCAGUAGAGGAAGCGACCGAGAAAAUGCGAAUAUUCCAAGCGCGGAACCAAGCAGUGCCAAUCCAAUUGUGAAAGAGAGUCUUUGA